CGAGGGGACGGAUUUACAUCAAUAUGAAGCCAACAGCCGCAGAGUCAUCGGACUCCAAAGACACGAAAAGGGUUCCGAAGCCGCUGAUGGAGAAGAGACGGCGCGACCGAAUCAACCACAACCUGGAGACUUUACGCGUGCUGCUGCUGCACAGCACCAAGGAGGAAAAACUCAGAAAUCCCAAAGUUGAAAAGGCAGAGAUUUUGGAAAGCGUGGUCCAGUUUCUGAAAGCCGAAUUGGAAGGCGGUGACGUCACCAGGCAAAAAAGCCAGCGUCGUGAAAGGGAGGAGGAGGAGGAGGAAGCAGCGAUGACGUCAUCCUCCCAACGGAACUACCAGGAAGGGGUGAGGAAGUGCCUCCUGCGCGUCAGCGACUUCAUCAGCGCCAGGAGUCCCCGGCUCAGCGAACUCGCCCUCCCGCAGCGGACCGCCAGUCACCCCUGUCACCUGCUAGGCGAGACCCGGGUUCAAGAGGCAGUCGGGCCGGCCCCGCACAGGGCUUGGCCCCGUGUUGAACUCAUGCCCGCUCACCAUCUGUCCCUGAACUGGGAAAGAGCAUCGCAUUUCGGACAGAGCGACGGUGUUUACGUGACGUCACAGAAUCCGUGCACGGACCCCACAGCCACGCAGGGGCCGCACAAGCAAGCGGUCUGGAGACCCUGGCCCUAACAGGACGCUUAUUUGAACAGACUUUUAUUUAACACAAAAAAAAGUCACAAAUUGAGACUGCAGUUUGCACACUUAACAAUACAAGAGGGGAUAAUAACUUCAGAAUAUUUAAGACACACCGUCUGAGUUGCUUGAUCAUUUUCGGCCCAUAGAAGUCAUUUUUUUAUAUUAAAAAAAGAGGCUGUGCAAAGUGAAUAUCUUGUAUUUUUUUAUAUUAAAAAGAUUUGCAUGUUACCGUUCUGGGGGUUCAUUUUGGAAUAAACUCUUUCAUAAUUGAA